AAUUUUGAGUUUUGACUCCAUCUCUCUCUCCCUUCCGUCUUCACGGCAGCUCUUAAUCCUCCGUCUCCGGCUGUUUUAGAAGCUGAAAUUCCGCCGCCUCACCAUGUCCUCCGCCGCCAUUGCUACUGCUCUCUGUCUUCCUUUCUCUUCAUCCCAUUCCGCUAAGUCUUACUCUAAGAAGUAUGUCCGUGGAGGGUUUGGAGUGUUUGCUAUGUAUGGGGAGGAGGGCGCGCUAGUCGACAAGAAAAGCCCAUGGCUGACAAUUUUUAAUGUAGAAGAUCCAAGGUCCAAAGUUCCCCAAUGUAAAGGAAAGUUCCUAGAUGUAAAUACAGCUUUAGAAGUGGCUCGAUAUGAUAUACAAUAUUGUGAUUGGAAAGCUCGUCAAGAUGUUCUUACGAUCAUGCUUCUGCACGAGAAGGUUGUGGAAGUAUUAAACCCUCUAGCCCGUGACUAUAAAUCCAUCGGAACAAUGAAGAAGGAACUUGCAGAUUUGCAAGGAGAACUCACACAAGCUCAUAAACAGGUACACAUCUCUGAGGCUAGAGUUUCUGCUGCCCUAGAUAAGCUGGCUCACAUGGAAGCACUGGUAAAUGAUAAGCUGCUGCAAGAUCAAAACACAGCAGAAACUGAUUGCUUGUCCUCUUCUACCAGUAUGCCUAUAAGAUCUUUAGAUACUGUAAAAAGCAACCCGUCUCGAAGAAACCUAAAUGUGUCUGGUCCCGUCCAACAUUACAGUGACCAUCUGAAGAACUUUUGGUAUCCUGUUGCUUUCUCCAGUGAUCUUAAGGACGACACCAUGAUACCAAUUGAUUGCUUUGAGGAGCCAUGGGUGAUCUUUCGUGGGAAAGAUGGAAAGCCUGGAUGUGUCCAAAACACCUGUGCUCAUAGGGCCUGCCCCCUUCAUCUGGGUUCAGUAAAUGAUGGUCGUAUACAGUGUCCUUACCAUGGGUGGGAAUACACAACAGAUGGAAAAUGCGAGAAAAUGCCGUCAACAAGAUUACUAAAUGUAAAGUUAAAAGCUUUGCCAUGCUUUGAGCAAGAAGGCAUGAUUUGGAUAUGGCCAGGAGAUGAUCCUCCAGAAGCUACACUACCUUCUUUACUACCUCCUCCUGGAUUUCAAAUCCAUGCAGAGAUAGUCAUGGAACUCCCUGUGGAGCAUGGUUUACUUUUAGACAACCUUUUGGAUCUUGCACAUGCUCCUUUCACCCACACUUCAACUUUUGCUAAAGGAUGGAGCGUACCAAGCUUGGUGAAAUUUUUGACCCCUGAAUCUGGUUUACAAGGAUACUGGGAUCCUUAUCCAAUUGAUAUGGAAUUUAGACCACCUUGUAUGGUGUUAUCUACUAUUGGAAUAUCAAAGCCAGGCAAACUGGAGGGGCAGAGUACGAAGCAGUGUUCUACACACCUUCACCAACUACAUGUGUGUUUGCCUUCAUCCAGGCAGAAGACUAGGUUAUUAUACAGGAUGUCACUGGAUUUUGCUCCCCUGCUCAAACACAUUCCCUUCAUGCAAUAUUUAUGGAGGCACUUUGCAGAGCAGGUCUUAAAUGAGGAUCUGCGGCUUGUAAUUGGGCAACAGGACCGGAUGAUCAAUGGCGCUAACAUCUGGAAUCUUCCCGUGGCUUAUGAUAAGCUCGGAGUAAGGUAUAGGAUUUGGAGGGAUGCUGUAGAACGAGGAGCUAAACAAUUACCUUUCAGCGAAUGAGCAUACAACGAAAGCCAAUAACGGGUUACCUCCUUUCAUGUUACUUCUGAACUUCACCUCAACAAGGAGCUAUAGUUGUCUUCCAACAUACUUCAGGGACUAUGUCCAAAUUUGGACGAAGUACCCGUUUUUCAAGACGAAGUAACAGAGCUUUCAGCUACUAAUUCAUGGCAAAGGACAAUGGCUUCUGCAUCAACCACUUUGCAAAAUUAUAAGUUCUCCGCCAAGUUGGUUGGUAGUUUUUUUCUUUUUCAUUUUUCUUUGUACAAUCCCACUUUCCCCAUUGGUUGUAUUCACCCAACACUGCUUACAAAGUUGAAGAUUACUUACUAGGCUCAAAACUGCCCAGCAUCAUAUGUAAUGCAGGGUAGAAUGGUUAAUGACAAUUGUAGCUAUUAGAUUUUUUUGUCUUCAACAAAUUUCCUAGGGCACUCUCCUGCCA